AUGCUCAGACCUCAUUUGCUGCAGAGCAUGGUGGGUCUGACCACCUGUGAUCAACAUGGGGAAAAAGAGAAGUUCUUCUGUGAGGAAGACCAGAGGCUCCUCUGUGUUUCCUGUUUAUUAGCCCCGGAGCACAAGGAUCACCAUGUCCUUCCCUUAGAAACAGAUGCUGACAAGCACAAGGUGAACCUCCAGGAGACACUGACUUUCCUACAGAAAAAAGAAGAGGAAUUAAAAAUGGCAUUGGAUGCAGUAAAAAGGGAAGAGACAUGCUUUAAGGAGAGUACUUACUCUCUGAAACAAUCAAUUACUUCUGAAUAUGGAAAAAUGCAUCAAUUCUUAUGGGAUGAAGAAUAUCAAUAUGUACAAAAAUUGAAGCAGGAAUCCAGAGACAACCUGGCCAAACUGGAGGAGAGCAAUGUCAAGCUGUCUCAACAAAUCCAGAAUCUGCAACAACUGAGUUUCAAAAUAGAGGAGAAUUUGGACAAGCCCCCCUUGGAAAUGCUUCAGGACACAAAAGGCACUUUGGAAAGGAAUGAGGAACUGCUACUUCAAGAACCAGAGUGUGCCUCCCCUUUCUUCACCACCUGUCCCAUCAGAGGCUUGAGAGAAGUGCUCUUGAGUUUCCAGAGAGAUAUAACUCUUGAUCCUGAUUCAGCCAAUCCCCAUCUCAUCCUGUCUGAGGAUUUGAAGAGUGUCCAAUAUGGAAGUGUCCCCCAGGACCUGCCUGACAACAAAGAGAGAUUUGACAGUGCUCUUGCUGUUUUGGGGGCCCAGACCUUCACCUCAGGCAAACACUAUUGGGAAGUGGAAGUGGGAGAGAAGACAGAGUGGGAGGUGGGCAUCUGUAAAGAUUCAGUCAGCAGAAAGGGGGAAUUCUCCACUUCAUCUGAGGAUAUAAAGACUCUUGUAGCCUUCACAUCUGAAAAGCUUUUUUUUCUCUGGAAUUCAGAGAGAGGUGUUUCUUUGAGCCCUCCUAUACACAAAGUGGGCAUUUUUCUUGAUUAUGAAAAGGGACAUAUAGCGUUUUAUGAUGUCAAAGACAGAUCCCUAAUCCAUAGUCUCUCAGACAUGGGCUUUGAAGGGCCUCUCCGUCCUUACUUUUCUCCUUGCCUUCCUAAUGAAGAAAGUAUUCCUGGAUCACUCAUUAUCUGCCCCAUUAGUAAUCACCAAAGGGAUGUCCAUGAUGCUGAUUACAAAGGGUAA